CGCAAAAAUAAAAAGUCGUGAAAACAAUAUAUUGUUAUUUUUAUGUUGAAUAUUUCAUAUGAAUCAUUUGAAUAGGGUUUGAAAAUAUUAUCUUAAUGUUUCUCUACACACCUCCGUUUGCCCUCCUGUCUUAUACGUAAUUAUAUCCUCAGCUUUAACGCUCUUUGCCCGUCCUGACUACAUGUCCCAUGAUGCUGUUCGGCGCGCGUUCAGAUAUUUUACAUACGGGAUCAGCUGAGCUCGCGCUCCGCUCCUGCGAGCUGCCAGCGGCUCUGGAUCGGAGCGGCUCGGGUCGGCUCGCCGUCCGUCUGUCAGUCUGUCUGUCGUGGGGCUUGGACAUCAUUUUAAACCCCUCUCAGCGCCUGGAAGGGAACAUUUUUCAAACUAAAACUGGAAGAAUGUGACACACAGUUGGAUUUCUCUUUGUUUACACCUCGGUUAGCGCUUACGUUUCUUCCGAUGGAGCGGAUGAUUUGGAGAGAGUUUGUCCGGUAAUUGGGUCCAUCGGCUCGGUUCGGAGUUCACCUGGACUGCAGGGGGAACCUUAAGUGGUUCGGGGAGACCUUUAACCCCUCUCCGGUGAGAGGGUGAUACUAUGUCCAGACGAAAACAGACCAACCCCUUCAAAGUUGACUGGCCAUUCCACACUUUGGGCUUAUCGGGACUCCAGCACACCAUUAACAUGGACGGCAGGGACGAAUUCACCGAGGACGCCGAAUGCUGCAACAACAACUCGCAGGAAGUCCAAGGACAGGAUAGCCUCACAGAAGACAGCGAUAGCGACCCUGACAACCACGGCGAAGACUCGUCCUCCAACGCCUCUGCUGACGACCACAUGACUGCCAACAGAGCGCAGUGCCGCCUUCAAGGAGCGGGCGUCAAAGUGGAGAGUGACGAGGGGGCUGACCACAGCAACAACUUUGUCUGUCCUCUGUGCACGCUGGAUUUCAGCAGCCCUGAGAGACUCAUUUCACAUGUCUACCAGCAUACUAGCAUGAUGAGCAACACCAAGAGCUACGUGUGCCCAGUGUGUGGGCGAGCCCUGAGUUCUCCUGGCUCGCUUGGACGGCAUCUUCUCAUCCACUCCGAGGACCGCCUCUCCAACUGCGCCGUCUGUGGCGCACGCUUCACAGACACCAACAACUUUAACAGGGAAAAGCUAAAAGACGUCCUCGACACAAGCAGGUUGGACGUCACUGGUGGACGGGACUCCUGCUCCAUGUCCCAGUCCCUCUCCAGCAGCCCCAUGAGCAGCCCGGGCUCCAGCACGCACUCCUGCCACGGAGCGGGUCCCAGUCCCAGUUCCUGUCAGGGCCCGCCUCCCUGCCAGGCUCCCGAUCCGACAUCCACCCUCUGCCAGGCCCAUCGCACCUGCCAGUCCUCCAGCCACAUCCCAAACCAGUGUCAAGGACCCCGGCCGUGCCACGCAUUAAGCCCAGGUUGUGGGGCGUGCUCGGGGUCCGAUCAGGGGCCCGCCUUUCCUCCGCUGCCCGACGGGCUCCUGUCCGAAGGUCCGUCGCUCGCGUCCAUCCCCGACGCCCUCAACUCCUCCUCUUCGGCCCUUCCUCCCAUUCCCGACAUCAUGAGCCCGAUGCCCGUCUACCCCGCCGGAGUCCUGCUGGUGUGCAACAGCUGCGUGGCCUACCAGCAGCUGGUGGAGGCGCAGUCUCCGAUGCGCAAGUGGGCCCUGCGUCGCAAGAACGAGCCCCUGGAGGCUCGCCUGCAGCGUCUGGAGCGCGAACGCACCGCCAAGAAGAACAAGCGCGCCUGCGAGACGGACGAGGAGAGGGAGCUGAGGCGGCUGCGGGACCGCGAGGCCAAGCGCAUGCAGAGGAUGCAGGAGACGGAGGAGCAGAGGGCGCGGCGGCUGCAGAGAGACCGGGAGGCCAUGCGGCUAAAGAGGGCCAACGAGACUCCGGAGAAGAGGCAGGCCCGGCUGAUCCGCGAGAGGGAGGCCAAGCGGAUCAAGCGGCGGCUGGAGAAGAUUGACCCCGCCCUCAGGACACAGAUCGAGCACGAUCCCGCCGCGAUGGCCGCUCUCACAGCGGACAUGAGUCUCUUUCAGUUCCCCUGUCCCAUGCCGGUUCCUUCCAUAGAUAACGGUCUCUUCAUGAAGCUGCCAUGAUCCCUGGGGGUCCUAUAAAAACUCCCCCCCCUUCCAGCCUGCGCCGUCAGGUUCCUAUUACCACAGCGAACCAUUCCUGUCCCACUCUCCCCCAUUCCCAGAAUUCCUCUGUACUCAUGCAAACUUCUUCAAUUUCUAAUUUAUUACAGUCUAUAAAAACCUUGGAGACAGGGUUGAGAAUGUUUCUUAUUCUAAGAGCAUGCUGUAAAGAGAUUUAUCUGUGUUUCGGUGGACUCUCACAGGUAACAGUACAUUCUGGUGGGAGCAGUUUAUUCUUGCUUCAACUGAAAAACAAACAAAAAAAAUCAUUUGCACAUGGAUCCUCAGUGAGGGGAGUGUGGACCCUGUAGCUGCAGACCCUCCCUCCCUGGUCCUCCCAGCCCAGUAACUCAGACUCCGGUAGCUGCGCCUCUCUCUGUUUUCUAGCUGCUGCCGUGGAACAUUCAUGUCCAAACUACUACCUCAUCCGGCGCCGUGGACGGUCGCUCUCUGUCCUGUGGCUUACCAGCUCCCAGCUUCCAAAGCUACACACACACACUAUACAAUACUACAGAAGACGCAGGUCGUUUCCCCACACUUUUAAGUUUUGAUAUUCCUCUUUAUGGCACUUUUAAUAGGACACAUGCAUUCGUUUGUGAAUGUUUGUCCCUAUUGAGCAUGCCCGGUGUUGAAAAGCAUUCCUGUCGUCAUUAUCUUAAUUUUUCUACUUUUUUUUUGUCUUUUUAAACACUGUGUGUAAUUUAUUGUUUUUUAAAAACUCGGUCUCUGCUGCUGUUGUUGUACUGUACAUUACAUUAUUUACCUCUUAUGUAUUUUGGUCUCAUUACAUGGAAAAAGAAAACCCAACAUCUUACCUGUUGACCUCAGAUUUUGUCGCAUUACUUGAAUUCUGUCUACGAAGAUGCGUUUGUGUUUUAUGCUAAUUGGUAAACAUGUCAGUGUUGUACAGAAAGUCAUGCUUGAUUUUAACCUGCUUUGUGCAAUUCCUGUAGCAUUUCACAUUCUUUGUGAGUCUGCAGUAUUUUAUGUUAUUAUUACCACUUAAAUAUUUUUUUAUAAAUAAUAAUAUCCACAAGUCUGGAGAGAGAAAAGAAAGUCAUGUUAAGAGGUGAGAAUCAUUUACAGGUAUAUCUAAAUAAAAUGUCGUUUGAAUGUUAAUUUAUCUCAGUUAUCUAAUUCAAGAGUUAGAUUCAUAACAGAUGGAUUUUUUUUCUCCCACAUUUUUUCCUUCCACUUAAUUUUCCAUGGUUGUGCUAGAACACAGCACUCUGUUAUCAGCUUCUUAACAAUCUUUUGUGUCUCAGUUAUCCAAAUGAAUUAAAAUAAUUGCUUGAUAUAACUAAUUCUUAAAUUCCUGACAUAAAUUAAUUGUUCAAUAACAAGCUUAUUGAGAUAUACCUGUAUGAUGCAGUCCACCCCUUUGUUAGCACUGAGGCUUGUUUAUUUCCAGGAUGUGUUUUUAUAUUACUGAUCCUCAUUCCAGCACAUAUUUAUGCAACAUGAUACUUUUGUUUUCCUGUAAAAGUGUUUGCCGUAUUUUGCUGGUAUAAUCUGUUUCAUAUUUCACAUGGCCGUUAUUUACAGCUGUACGGUUACCUCCACUCCUCUUGAUUUCUCCAGAUGCAAAACCUUGCAUCGUCAAACGAGCAGUUUCAGUCUCUCCAAGUAGUGUUUCUGUUUGAGUCGCUCCUAGAAGAGUGUCGUCCUACCUGAAGAAAGCGUGAGAUGCGGAUCUGGGUCGGGACUUUUGGCUUUCCUAGGAGUGCAUCAAACCUCUAUGCAACAGAUUUAUUUUUUUUGAAGGAAAAAAAAAAAAAAAAAAACAUUUCACUUUUCAAAGAAACUAUGCAGAACGCAACUUCAAAAUGUUUCAACCGAAAUUCAGAAUCGGAAGCUCCGCUUUCUCAGGCAGUUCAACUCAGUGAGAGGGUUCAGAGCCCAGAACGUCAAGAUUAAUUCACGUUUGGGGAAGAAUACGUUGCAUCGGUUUUAUUUUAUUUUUCCAAAGUUCAGCGCAUUAAAGCAACAAGAUCUCACUGCCAUCCCAUAGUGGCGUUGUCUGCUGAAAGCGAAGGCUUCAGGUUUUGUCUCAGCCUAUGAAUGCUGGGUAUUUAUUCUCAGAGGCGACGCCGUCAGUCUGCUGUGAACCAGCAGCAGGACGAAAGUUCGCUCACUUUCGGUUAGGUUAACACUGCAUGUCCCUGAAACUGCACUAGUACUAGAGUUGUUCAGUAUGAGCCUGUGUUCUGUUAGUUUAUGCCUGCUUUUUUUUUUUAAACAGUUUAAUAAAAAAACAAAUUUAAAUGUUAGCCUUUUGAUAUUAAUGCUAUCAGGAUUUUUCUCUCAAUGUCCAUGUUUACAAAAUCUGUAUUUCUGAAAAAGGCCAAAUGAAUGAGCUAAACUGCAACGACAUGCCUGGUUGUCAUAUCGAUGUAUUCUGACUGGAUGGCCCUUCAGGGACACCGUCCUCUCUGUUACUGACUCAGAAGAUGUACAGACCAUAAUGAGACCUGGUAAAGAAUGUGGAAAUAAACAUCAAGUUUAAUAU